AUGGACGACGGCAACGAGGACUGGACAAACCUCGCAAGACCAUACAGGGGUCUACGGCCAUCAGAUCCGAUUAAAAGCGUCGAGGACAAGUGGCUCUUGCUCCCCGCUUUCCUAAAAGUCAAGGGUCUUGUCAAGCAACACAUAGAUUCGUUCAACUACUUUGUGGAUUAUGACUUGAGGGCGAUAAUGGAAGCAAACUGCAAGGUCACUUCAGACGUUGACCCUCGGUUUCACUUUCUUUUCACCGAUAUUCGCGUCGGCACUCCAGUCUCAGAACAGGCAGAUUUCGCGAACCAAAGACAGCCUAUUACACCUCAUCAAUGUCGUUUACGGGAUGCAACAUACUCUGCACCUUUGAUGGUGGACAUUGAGUAUAUUCGAGACAACAAGCGGAUCCAGCGAAAGGAUGUAGUCAUUGGGAGGAUUCCCAUCAUGCUGAGAAGCAACAAAUGUGUCCUUGCGGGAGCCAACGAGUCGCAACUCGCGGUGAUGAACGAAUGUCCCCUCGAUCCAGGAGGAUAUUUCGUCGUCAAGGGCACAGAAAAAGUCAUUCUCGUACAAGAACAACUGAGCAAGAAUCGAAUCAUUGUCGAGAUCGAUUCCGCAAAGUCCAUCAUUUCCGCCUCUGUGACUUCGUCCACUCAUUCCGGCCUCAAGUCUAAGACUUACGUCAAUAUGCGGAAGGGACUCAUCGUGCUCAAGCACAACUCCUUCUCGGAGGAUAUUCCGAUUGUCAUCGCUUUGAAAGCCCUUGGCGUCCAAUCUGACAAGGAAAUUCUCCUGCUAUGCGCAGGGAACACGGAGUCGUACCAAGAGGCCUUUUCGCCCAACCUCGAAGAAUCUUCGAGGGCCGGAGUGUACACGAUCCAGCAGGCGCGCGAAUGGCUCGGUGCGCGCGUUCGCUCGAUGCGUCGCAUGGUGGGACCACGACGACCCAACUGGGAAGAAGGUCUGGAGUGUCUGGUUAUGAUCGUCCUCACCCAUGUUCCCGUCGUGAACAUGGACCUCAGCGCCAAAGCCAUCUAUGUCGCGACGAUGACACGACGGGUGCUCAUGGCACACGAGGACCCAAAGCUGGUGGACGAUAGAGACUACGUGGGGAAUAAGCGUCUUGAGCUCGCUGGACAGCUUCUGGCUCUUUUGUUCGAAGAUCUCUUCAAGGCUUAUGUUUCCGAACUAAAGAAGGCGUUUGACAAGGUGUUGGGGAAACCUGCCCGAACAUCUGCAUUCGAUCCACAUACGACGAUGCUCUUACACGGGAAUCCUAUUACCCAAGGAUUCAUACGCGCCAUAUCGACGGGGAACUGGUCGCUUAAGCGGUUCCGUAUGGAGCGAGCCGGCGUUACUCACGUGCUGAGUCGACUUAGCUACAUCUCCGCCUUGGGGAUGAUGACACGCAUAUCAUCGCAAUUCGAGAAGACGAGAAAAGUCAGCGGGCCCAGAGCACUGCAGCCUAGUCAGUGGGGAAUGCUCUGCCCCAGCGAUACCCCUGAAGGAGAGGCUUGUGGACUGGUCAAGAACCUAGCGCUCAUGACACACAUUACAACAGAUGUGGAGGAGAAACCACUGGUCAAAAUCAUUACUCUUUUGGGAGUCGAAGACAUCCAAUUAUCCACUGGCUCUGAGAUCUAUGGACCAACUUCUUUCGUUGUUCACCUCAACGGUCUCAUCAUUGGACUCACCAGGUUCCCGAGUCGAUUUGUUGCCCAAUUCCGCAAGCUACGGCGCGCUGGGAGGAUCAACGAAUUCGUGGGCAUAUAUAUUAACCACCAUCACAAAACAGUCAACAUAGCUAGUGACGGUGGGCGAAUCUGCCGUCCUCUGAUCAUCGUCGAACGCAUGCAGCCCAAAGUGACCAACGAGCAUAUACAGAUGCUCAAACUCGGAAAACUGGCUUUUGAAGACUUUCUUCAUCAAGGCUUGGUCGAGUACGUCGACGUCAACGAGGAAAAUGACUCACAUAUCGCGCUCUAUGAAAAAGACAUUGAGCCUUCAACAACUCACUUGGAGAUUGAGCCGUUCACAAUCCUCGGCGCCGUCGCCGGCCUCAUUCCCUAUCCUCACCAUAAUCAAUCGCCACGAAAUACAUACCAAUGCGCCAUGGGCAAGCAAGCUAUUGGGGCCAUUGCAUACAACCAACUGAACAGGAUAGACACGCUACUCUACCUCCUCGUUUAUCCUCAGCAACCUAUGGUUAAGACAAAGACGAUCGAGCUCGUCGGUUACGAUAAACUUCCCGCUGGUCAAAACGCGACGGUAGCUAUUAUGAGUUACUCUGGAUAUGACAUUGAGGACGCCUUGAUCCUCAAUAGGGCUAGUAUAGAGAGAGGCUAUGGUCGAUGCCAGGUCUUCCGCAAGAAUACAGCCAUCAUUCGAAAGUAUCCAAAUGGUACAUAUGACCGCCUUGUCGCUCCUUCAAAGGUCGGAACAGAAGAAAAGCUGCCAAAGCGAUAUGAGAUUCUCGACGACGAUGGGCUUGCAAGACCGGGAGAACGUGUCGACCCUGACGACGUCUAUGUCAACAAACAAUCACCAAAGGACACAGUGACCAACUCUUUGACAGUCAAUCCUGCGCAGGUGGAGUAUCGUCCGACACCGUUAACAUACAAGACGAAGGUUGCCGGAUAUAUCGACCGGGUCAUGAUUACCGACACGGACAAUGAUCAAGCCCUCGUCAAGGUUCUCAUUCGGCAAACCCGGAUUCCAGAGUUGGGCGACAAGUUUUCCUCGCGGCAUGGACAAAAGGGUGUGGUUGGGCUUAUUGUGCCUCAAGAGGACAUGCCUUUUAAUGACCAAGGCAUCUGCCCUGACUCUAUCAUGAACCCGCACGGGUUCCCAUCACGUAUGACCGUCGGAAAGAUGAUUGAACUCCUCGCUGGCAAAGCUGGUGUCCUACGAGGGACCCUUGAGUAUGGCACAGCCUUUGGGGGAUCAAAGGUUGAGGACAUGUCCAAAAUCUUGAUUGAACACGGCUUCAGCUAUUCGGGUAAGGACAUGUUGACCAGUGGCAUCACCGGAGAGCCGUUGGAGGCGUAUGUUUAUUUUGGUCCUAUCUACUAUCAAAAACUCAAACACAUGGUUAUGGACAAGAUGCAUGCACGAGCCAGGCAAAAAGACUGGUUAAUAAUAUUGUUACCUGCUGUCAACGUCGUCGAGGCGCUGUGGGCGAGAUGGGCCAGAGUUCCUCCUCCUAUUCCGCACCAGCAGCCUCAGCCAGCCCAAGCAAUGACACCAGUACAGAAAAGGCUGCAAUCUCUCAGUACUUCGAUUCCUUCGUCUCUCCUCAGUCCUUCGAUGCCAAAAGGACUAGCUUAUUCGCCAUCUGGAGGAACUCCUUCUCGACGUGAUCUACGCUUUCCUGAUCCACGCGCAUCUCUUCCGCUGGACAGUCCUGCCAAUUCUGGCUAUUCGUCUCCUUCACCUUCCGUCCAAGCCCGGUCGCGUAUGAAGAGCUCAAUAAAAUCGCCCACCCAAGAUCUCUUUGCGUCGAGAUCCUCGUCGGUGGAACCUUCAGACCUCCUGGACUCGACGAGCUCGAUUUCAAACCCUUCUUCUCGACGUCGCCGCAAAGUUGAAGGAGGAAACUCGCGUGAAGCGUCUCCGUUUUCCAUCUCUACGCUCUCACUCAAGAAUGUGCCAAAGCCUGGGAGAGCUCUAGACUCUUCUUCCCUGCAGCGUCUUGUCUCGUAA